AUCCAGCAGCAAUUUGGAGUGGAAACGUGUAAUAGGGGGAAAAAAAGCAGGGUUCUCGGCGGUAUCGGCGAGCCGUGUAGCCAGGAGCCAAAAAAGAUUAGCGGCCCCCCCGCAGCCACGCUCACCCCCACUUCCACACACACACACACACACACACACACAGCACACACGCGCACAUCCUCGCGGCACCGCGCGGCUCCGCGCUCAACCGCCGGACAUCGAGCGAAAGGGAUUCGUCUGGAGGGCAAUUUCGGAUCGGGGGAGAUCUAUUGGAUUAGGAGGAUUAUCUGCCUGCAGACGGAGAGAAGUAGCGUUUGAUCAUUUCUAUUGCUUGCCUGAUGGUCGGAUUUAAAUGGAGGUGGCUCGGCACGGAUGAGGCUGAAUUCCGGAUGGGGAUUUCCAGCCCCCCCUCCCCUCGCCCCGAUCCGAGGAAAGGGGAGAAAAAUAUCUCAAAAUCGAUAUAAUUGGGAAGCGUCCGGGGCGCGAUUGGGAAACCUUCAGCUCCCGGCGGCUCGGAGAGAGCCGGAGGAGGCGAAUCCGAUGAAUUACAGUUUCAGCGGGGAUUGCAGAAAAGCGGCCGCGAACUGGAUAUAGACCUGCGGCUAACUGGAUUUGAUUUAUAAGAGGGGAUUCUGCAGUAAAUGGCCGCUCUCUUCAUAUUGCUGCUAUGGAAAACAGAAUUGUCAAUAGGAUGUAGUCUGAUAAAUAGUGCUGAGUGAAGAUGCAGCUUCAAUAAGUGUGAAAUCAAUGGAAGAUACUUACCGCAUGAAAAGCCUUUUGAGAUUUUUCUGACAGGCUCCUAUUUAGGAAACUUGAUCUGUUUCCUUUGGUCGCCCUCUUUUUACACCAGUGGAUACAAAUAAGAUUGCUUCAUUGUAGUCACACAACUAAUGUGGGACCAUGGCCUUUCCAAGAUCCAUGUGGCUGAACUGUGUAUGGAGAGCGCUGAUAGCCCGCCUGCUACACAUGGGAUUGAAUGCCACUUUUGCUUUCUCUAUACUUGGAUUUUUGCUUCACGCUGCAGCUGUGUCCUCACAAAAAUUGGAUGAUACCAACCCAGUGGUGACCACCAACUUUGGCAAGAUAAGAGGGAUUAAGAAGGAACUAAAUAAUGAAAUUCUGGGGCCUGUUAUUCAGUUUCUCGGGGUUCCGUAUGCUGCCCCUCCAACAGGGGAGCGCCGCUUUCAACCUCCUGAGCCUCCGUCUCCCUGGGCAGAUAUCAAAAAUACCACUCAGUUUGCUCCAGUGUGUCCCCAGAACAUUAUAGAAGGCAGGUUGCCUGAAGUCAUGCUUCCCGUGUGGUUUACUAAUAACUUGGAUGUAGUUUCCACCUAUGUACAAGAUCAGAAUGAAGACUGCCUCUAUUUAAAUAUCUAUGUCCCAACCGAGGAUGUCAAAAGAAUAUCCAAGGAAUGUGCCAGAAAACCCGGCAAGAAAAUUUGUAGAAAAGGAGGUCCCCUUACAAAGAAACAGACAGAUGAUUUAGGUGAUAAUGACGGUGCUGAAGAUGAAGACAUUCGGGACAGUGGGGGACCUAAGCCUGUGAUGGUGUAUAUUCAUGGAGGGUCCUACAUGGAAGGCACUGGAAAUUUAUAUGAUGGCAGUGUUCUAGCAAGUUAUGGGAAUGUGAUAGUCAUCACGGUCAACUAUCGCCUUGGGGUACUUGGAUUUUUGAGCACUGGGGACCAAGCAGCAAAAGGAAACUAUGGCCUCCUUGAUCUAAUUCAAGCUUUGCGAUGGACUAGUGAAAAUAUUGGGUUCUUUGGUGGUGACCCAUUAAGAAUAACUGUUUUUGGAUCUGGUGCAGGCGGUUCAUGCGUCAAUCUGUUGACUUUAUCCCAUUAUUCUGAAGGUAACCGUUGGAGCAAUUCAACCAAAGGACUUUUUCAAAGAGCAAUAGCUCAAAGUGGAACAGCACUCUCCAGCUGGGCAGUUAGUUUUCAGCCUGCAAAAUAUGCCAGGAUGCUGGCUACAAAAGUUGGUUGCAACAUGUCAGACACUGUAGAACUGGUAGAAUGUCUACAGAAGAAGCCUUAUAGAGAACUUGUUGACCAGGACAUUCAACCAGCUAGAUACCAUAUAGCCUUUGGACCAGUAAUUGAUGGCGAUGUGAUACCAGAUGAUCCUCAGAUAUUGAUGGAACAAGGAGAAUUCCUCAAUUAUGACAUCAUGCUGGGAGUUAAUCAAGGCGAAGGGUUAAAAUUUGUUGAAAAUAUUGUGGAUAGUGAAGAUGGCAUAUCGGCUAGUGAUUUUGACUUCGCAGUUUCUAAUUUUGUCGAUAACUUGUAUGGAUACCCUGAAGGCAAAGAUAUAUUGAGGGAAACUAUUAAAUUUAUGUACACCGACUGGGCAGAUCGACACAAUCCUGAGACCAGAAGGAAAACACUGUUGGCUUUGUUUACUGAUCACCAAUGGGUUGCACCAGCAGUGGCCACAGCAGAUCUUCACUCGAAUUUUGGAUCGCCUACAUAUUUCUAUGCCUUUUACCAUCAUUGCCAGACAGAUCAGGUACCCGCAUGGGCAGAUGCAGCCCAUGGAGAUGAGGUUCCUUACGUACUGGGAAUCCCCAUGAUUGGUCCUACUGAAUUAUUUCCUUGUAAUUUCUCCAAAAAUGAUGUCAUGCUAAGUGCAGUAGUGAUGACAUACUGGACAAACUUCGCAAAAACUGGUGACCCAAAUCAACCAGUGCCACAAGAUACAAAAUUCAUCCAUACAAAACCAAAUCGUUUUGAAGAAGUAGCAUGGACCAGAUACUCUCAGAAAGACCAACUGUAUCUUCACAUUGGAUUAAAACCACGAGUUAAAGAACAUUAUAGGGCCAAUAAAGUGAACCUUUGGUUGGAACUGGUACCUCAUCUGCACAAUCUUAACGACAUUUCACAGUAUACCUCUACCACAACUAAAGUGCCAUCAACAGAUAAUACUUUCAGACCAACAAGGAAAAAUUCCGUUUCUGUUACUUCAGCCUUUCCUACAGCCAAACAAGAUGAUCCCAAACAGCAACCAAGCCCAUUUUCAGUGGAUCAAAGGGACUAUUCAACAGAAUUGAGUGUUACUAUUGCAGUUGGUGCAUCUUUACUCUUCUUGAACAUUUUGGCCUUUGCAGCAUUGUACUACAAAAAGGACAAGCGGAGACAUGAUGUUCAUAGGAGAUGUAGCCCACAACGUACUACUACCAAUGAUCUCACCCAUGCACAAGAAGAGGAGAUAAUGUCCCUCCAAAUGAAGCACACUGACUUGGAUCAUGAAUGCAGUACCCCAGCCAAUAGAGGAGCUUUCUAGAGACAGAACCAAACAGGAAACGUUACCCUUUUUCAUCAUGCAGAUUCAGUUCAAAGUGCCUAUGGCUGAGGGAAUAAGACCAGCAGUGAUAAGAAUGAAAUAGCAAAGGCUCUGAAGCAGCAUGAAGCAGUGAACAGACCUCACUUUGGAAACCUUAUAACGAAGAAGCUUUCCAAUGGUAAGCAUAGUUAUGACUGGAGCUGGUUGCCUGUGGCAUUUGUAGCACAGAAGGCAUUUCAGAACAGAUUCUGCCUUGAGAUGGGUAGGCGAGCUGAAGAUUCUUGUCUUAUUUUUUCCACUUCUCUAAAUAGCUCUAGGAUUAGUACAAGCUUAAUAGCUAAGACGUUGAUAUAUAGUUUGCAAGAGUUGUUGGUUACAUGUUAUUUUAUUCUAUGCGGUGUUACUUGGUGAGAAGUAAACUCACUCAGUAGUGAGUUAGCAAAGUGGAACUGAAGAAGAACAGAGAAAUGUCAUAGGGGAGAGAAAGGCGGGCAAAGAGAGGGAAAGAAAACUGAUGCUCAGGCUGUAAGAGGUUAAUUUUGGUUAUCAAACCAUUACUGAGCAGCCUGGUGCACGAGCAAAAGUGAAGUUGUUGUUGCACUUUGUGAGGAUGAUGAGUUUCAUCAGUUUGGGCUUUUUUGUCCAGCUAGACUAAUGGUCCUUCUCUCAAGGUGGCAUGGGUUUAGCUGCAUUUAACAUGCAUUAUCUAUACCCAUCAAAAAGUACUUCUUUUGGUGCAGUGGGGUCCUUUUUUAUGUGGUAGGGAUUCCUCUUCCAGUUUUGAGUGUGUUCGUAGGCUUCGCAUCUUUGCCUAAGGACUAUAGGAGAUGGUAGGAACAGAAGGAGAGUUCAUAUGUGAAAAGGAUACAGCUUGUAGUUUCAAAAACUGUCCGAAAGCUGAGGGGUUUGAUUAAUUAUAAGGAGCACGAAAAAAUAUUUGUCAGCUUAGCAGCCUCUGGUUAUAAUGGCACAGCAGCACUGUCUUAACCUGUGUUGAGCACGAAGAUGUACAGCAGACAGAUCAAUGUCAAGCACUUGAAGAGCUUAUGUGAGUAUUUUUAGACUUGCGCGUGGUCUCUGACAUCUGUUUGGCAAGCACCUAAGACUGUAAAAUUUCUAAAAACGUGCUUUAGAGUUAUACUUCAUUUAAAUUAUUGUGAAAUUAUUAAACUGGAGAGAGGACUGAUUAUCGCCCUGUACAUCAUUAAUAUUUUGAAGCGAACUAUGGUAAGGUGUGAUGGUUAGUGUCUAGGAGUUGCAUAAAUGCUGCAGUUGCAUUUGCUCAAACCUCUGAUCCUCAUGUUCAGAGUUGCAAUCAGAUUAACUGAAAAACAAUGGGAACAAACCAGAUAAAACUGAUCGCAAUAUUUGCUACACGCUGAGGUCAGAGAGGUGUAAAAGCUGAUACGUAUUGAUGGCUUCAUUGACUAUGAAACUACUGAACAUUAUCCAUUUAGGAAAGAGAUCAAUAUGAAUAGCAUCAGCUAAUGGGGACUACUACCUGUGGUACAGUCAUAUCAAGUAUAUGUCCAUUCUGUUUUCUGUGAGGCUUCUGUAAAACUAGUUUGUUACAAAGAUCAGAGGUUACAGCUAGAAAACUCUGAGUUUCAGGAAACAGCUGUGAGUAUUCACGAGACUCAUUGAAACUGAUGUCUUCCAGAGACUUUAUUUAAAGAGUUUGCCCAGAUUUGCCAUCCAGUUAACUGAGAUGCAGACUGUGGUUUAUGGUAGAAUUUUUUGGAUUAAGGAUUGAUACAAUGAGAUUUCCCAUCUCUUCAGGAAAAAAACAGCUUUUUUUGCUACUGUGAUUGGAAUUUUCCUAGCAUCAGUCAUAUGUACGUGGCAUUUUCUAAGGAGUGGAAAAGAGUUCAGGCAGCACACUUGCUUGCAUGGUACCAUUGCUGGCUUUCAUAGAGUUAAUAAAGGGCACCUCCAGGAAAUGGCAGCUAACUUGGCUCUGCUGGUCUUGACUUUGACUUGGUCCUGCUGAGAGGACCUUACUUCCUGGCUACAUUUCAGUUUGUUACUACAAUUAGAUUUGCAUUACUAUCUACUUUCUUUCUGUCGCCAAUCUCUUAGGUAUAUGGUAAUGGAAUGUUCUUGUUUAAAUUUUGGAUGCAAAAUAUUUUUGCCUUUUUUUUGUGUUAAUGACAGCACAAACCUAGGAUGUUAUUGGACUGUUAGACAAAUGCAGUUCAAGUUGAUCAUUGCAGGCCAUGCUGCAGUACAAUGGAAUACAAUAUGAACAUUAUGACAGGUUAAAACAAUCAAUCAUAUGUAAACCACAAACACUGCGGUCUCCAUAGCCCCUCAGUCUGCCUCAGCAGUGCUAAAGGCUCACUAGGACAUCAGAAAGGUUGUUAGAAGGCAGCACUGCCACUGGAAAGCACUUUUUUCUGCAGGCUGCUGAGGACUAAUGGUCACAGUUGAAUUCAUCAGGGACACUUCCACAUGGCAUCCGCAGCCAUCAGAAUGGUAGCAGCAGGGAACAUCUCAAGAGCUUAUUUCAGAUUCUUUCAUGGUCAUGAUGGUCUGUGGUCUUAUGUGCUGUGGAAAUAGAAAGAGUAAAUUAAAUCUUGGUAAAAUCUUAAAGAAAAACAAGCAGACAUUUUCAAUUUCAAUCUGAGCUGUUGGCUUUCUGCUGACCUUUGCUUACAGAUAUUACAUCAGAACUGCUGUGGUUUUGCUGCACACAUGGUGGCAGUGGCCAGAGCACUCAGGUGCUCGCUGCCAAAGUAGAGCACAUGUGUAGCUAAUUCCUCAGCCUCAUCCUUCCCAUGGUCUGUGAUCAAUCUAUAACCCCCAGUGUACUCAAAGAAAGUAAUUACAAAUUUUACAAAACAAACAAACAAAAAAACCCAGGAACUCAAGGCAAAUCUAUUAUAAUUAUUAAUUGACUUACUCUACAAAAGGCAGCUGCUGUAACUUUACAUGCACAUCCAGUAUCAGCUGCUCAUCUAAUAAGCUUUGGAAAAACAGCUCUGACAACUCCAAGAAAUACAGAAGCAUGGCAAAAAGUGGCAUUGAUGUUUCCGUAAGUGACAUUCUCUCUGAGUCAGCAGGAACAAAAUGCUAUGGAAGCAUUGGAGGCCCUAGGAGGCACCACUUCUAAAUGAGGCUGAGAGCCAAGACCCAACAUCUCAUUAAGAGUGAGAGGCUCUCCAGUGCACGGGUGAUAAAUAUGUAUAUGUGCUUAUAGACUGCACGGAGCCCUAACCAGCAGUGGGGAAAGGUAUUUUUUUUCUUUGCAGUACGUGUGAGCUUCAUAAAUGCUAUUGGAUAUUUCUGCAUGGUAGCUCUAAACAAGGUAUUUCGGAUCUCUUAAACAGGAGUCCUGUUGUAGCAUCAGACCUUCCUCCAGAGAAGUUCUCUGCACGCUGUUGCUUCAGUUCACUGUAGGGCUUGUAUUUUUUUUUUUAUCAUCUUGUGCCAGGAAGUCAUGGAUAUUGCCACUUUUGUGGUUAAGCCUCUAACCAAGAUGUCAGUUCUGCUGGUCUGGGUGUCUUGCUGUCAACUGCUGAAUCCUGGAAAAGAGUUCAUGUUCAGAUUUAGACAAGGAGGAAUCAUAGGUUGGAAUUAAAGCUGCAUUUCCCAUUUGGCUUUGUUCUAAUCCAUGAUUGUUCUCACAGUACAGUUAAAAAUAAAAUGACCUCUUUCUUUUUCUAGCUGCUGUCAAAAUUGUCAUUCCCCACCAGAUGCCCUAACUUCCCACUGCUCCCCGCUGGUACUGCUGCCCCUGUUGUCUCUCCAUCCAAAGAGUUUCUGAACAAGAGACAAGCUUUUAUGGAGCCUGGCAAAGCUUCAGAAGGGAAAAGGAAAAAUCGAUACUGCUUCAAAGCAAAGUCUUUGCUUCAGUGAAUAUGACAUUUGCCCUUUCUUCACUAGGGGGAAAAACAACAAGGACACUUACACCGGCAAUGGAAAUAGAAUGAACAACAGAGAGACCUUCCAGGUUUGACAUGUAAAGGGAAAUAACUUUGUAGUUAUUGUCCCUACUUGGAGACAUCAAAAACAGGUGUAGAGUGUAAGGCGGUGCAGGCUGAGAACGAAGUGGAAAGUAACACAAAGUCAAAGAGAAGAGUUGAAGGAAUUUGGAACAAGGGAUAAUGGACUUGGCUGAAAAGAUGGAGAAUGAAAGACACUGCGCAAAGGUGAAGUCCAUUGUUGUACAAUCAAAUUAACUAUUAAAUGUCAGCUGCAAAGGUGAGCCAUAAUAUUAAAAGGACCUUCCAGUAAGUUUUACGCCAUUUUGACAGCUUUACAGCCACUGAAAAUGUCCAUAGAGCCUCACAGUUUGCUAAUGAAUGGCUUCUCCAUAAGAAUGGAACAGGUCAGAAACUUUGAAAGAGAAGCUGGAAAUACCAAUUAAAGAAAUGGAUGCUUCUGCAAAAUCAAAACAACUUUGAAGAACACUCACUUAUAUUUUUGGAGGAUUCACAAAGAACUGAACUAAAUAUAAGCCUUAGAAGUCUGCUCCAAUUCUUUUCCAUAUCCAGGUUUUCAUUAAUUUCAUUCUAAAGCUGGUUAUAACCCCCUGAUUCCAUUCUAUUUUGAUGAUGCCACUACUGAGCUAGUUUCCCAAGUUGUGCUGUUUUGAUGUUUCUACUUUUGUGUCAUUCACCACGUGGAAUUUUAUGGACCUCUUUUCUUUUGGAAUAACACCCAUCAUUUAAAUGUUGUCACUGUUCAAAAAUACUUCUUUUCUUAUGCGAAGCUGUUCCUUCAGCUGCAGCUGCCACCAGUAGUGGUUAACUUGUGGCACCUAAAUUCCCCGCUGAGUGGGUCAGCUGCUGCUGUUGCAGUUAUGUGUCAGAGCAGGCUUCAUCCUUGGUGAAUCAAAUAGCAUGACUUCUGAGGAGCACACUCGUAGUGCAGCAGGACAGUCAUGUACUCAUACUCUGACCCCUGUACUGCUGCUGGGUGAGAGUUCUGCAGCUACAAGAAUCAAUAAAAAUGUAUUGAUUUCUCUGCACUGUCAUAAAGCUUGUCUGCUCUCAUCUCCAGUUUGCAAGCAGAAAAAGAAGAGUGUAAAACUGCAAUUGUCUUAGGCUUUCUCUCACCUCCCCCGUUCCACGCUCAUCACUCCAGAGACCAAGAUCUGUUUCUGACAUGCUGCCCCAGCUGCUGUAUCAGCAUCCUACUCUUUUAACACUUUGUGUUGGAAAAAUAGCUGGUUUUGAAACUAAGUAAGUGCAGGGGGAUUGCCUUAAAGACUAAGGUGAGUGACUUCUCUGGAGCUUAAUUUGUCCCACUGCAUGGAGAAAAGGUUAGCCAAGGGCAAAUAAUGUGAUGAGGAGUUCAUUGUCUCUGUAGGUAUUGCAGUCUCACAUAAAGUUACUUUUCUAGGCUGUUUCAGAUCCCUUUGAAAGUGAUGUUUUCUAUUCUAGGAAGAAGGUGGGUAGUGAUCAUUGAUCUGAAGAACGUAGGAAUGUCCUCCACUGCUGGUAGCUGUCUCAGAGGUAAAAGUGAAGCAGGAGAAGGGUAAAAUAGUAUUUUCAAUAAUAUUUAACUUCACAGCAACUGUCACCUAAUAACCAUACCUGUCAAAAGGCAGCUGUGCAGAUAUGUGCCUCUGAGGUUCAUGCAGAUUACUUGGGAAGCUUGGCUUCAAGCUUCUGGGGAUGGAUGUAACAAUUUGUCAGCUGUAUAAUCAGUUGAUCAAAUCCCAAAGUCCUGAUAAAACGCAGAAUGCAGUCAUGGAGCAAACAGGCCAGAAAAGAUUCACCCAAAAGACAGAAGUACAAGACCCCUGCACAUUGCUGAGUACAAUUUCAUGAUUUCCAUGAUUUCACUGCCUAGGUCAGCAGUAUCAGUGAACGACUAUAUUGGAAUAUUACAGAUCAACAACAAAAGAAGCAUGAAAGGGGAGCAACUUGCAUUGUUUAAAAGCAUCUCCUUGGAUGCUUUUGUUUCUGUGAAGAAUGAGGACUUUGACACUCAGCUAUUCUUUUGAUGAGGUCCUCAGCUGCACCAGUUCUGAUAGAAAUAUUUGCAGUGCUGCAAAUUAACAAGCGAUACACACACGUGACCACUGGUCAAAUGACUGACUGUGUCUGUAUCGUCAGUUGUCAAUGUAACUAUGUGUUACUUAAUGUAUUUGUGGCGCAGGAAGUAGGCACUGCUUUCUGCUCUACCAGCUGAAGGGCAAGGCAGACCUGCUGACAAGUAGGAAAAUACAGGUUUAUCAACCCUGCUGCUUUAGUGA